GGCAUCGAGCACGACUUCUGUGGACGCACGCAUGCCCGACUGGCGCUGGAGGCUGAGGGUUACUCCCUGGAGCCUCCUCACGGCCAGUGCCACAUCUGCCAGCUUGAAGGCUGUAACAACCCGGUCUACUAUGACGAGCGAGAGGACCGCGUGCAUGACUUCUGCUGCCUUGACCAUGCGCACGCCGCGCAGGAGUGGGGGCAGUGGCCCGAAUCGAAUCGAUCUUGCCAAGGGCAUGGAGACCCCAGCAACCGCUGCGCUCUGCCCGGCUGCUCCGCUCCUCGCUAUGUCGACCAUAGGACCGGGCAGGUCCAUGACUUCUGCGGCCGGACUCACGCCAAGCAGGCAGCAGCAAGAGGUCUCCUGUCGGCGACCGAGGCUGGUGUGCCCUUCCAUUGGGUGGAUCGUGUGUUUUCAGGACGCGACGGGCAGCCCAAAUACACGAUCUCGAUGCUGACAAACCACCACGAGAGGUAUCAGGGUAUCAAAGAGCAGUUCCUGUCAAGCUGGACGCAUGCUGGGCCGAAGCCACGAGUUUUGAGGAUCUUUCAAGUACGCAACCCUCAGGAAAUCUAUGAGAGAUACUUGCGGUACCGCGACUUCCUGGAUCGUAACGGAGGAGCGCAUGAGAGGAGAAGGUUCCACGGGACCUCGAUGGCUCCGGACUGUAUGUUCGGACACGACAUCAACUGUGCUCCUUGCAUGAACCCUAACUGCGCAGUCUGCACCAUCUGCGAAACCUCCUUCGAUCUGCGUCAUGCGGGCAACGCCACGAUGGGAGGAGGUGCAGCGAGGAUGGCGCUGAGGUACGGCAAUGGGCUCUACUUCUCCAGGGUGUCCUCUAAGUCCAACGACUAUGCCUCGGGCUCGGAGCGC